CAAACCUUUUCAUUUCACUUUUACCGGAGGCUGUAUUACCGAGGGUCAGCGGUGCUGCGCCCGGGCUCUGGAGCACCGGAGCCGGUUUGGAAGCCGAGGAAGGAUCGGCGGUGCCCGGGCCGCAUGGAGGUCUCCCUUCACCACUCUCCUCUCUGUGGAUCAUAGGAACACCCCGUCAUCACCCCAUCCUCCUAGACAGAGCAGCAGAAGGAUUUCCAGAUCGCCUUUCAUGCUUAAUUUCUAAUCUCCCACAUCUCCCACUUUCCUUUUAUAAUGGGUACCGGAAUGAUUUACAAAGUACUCCCUUAAUGCAAGACAUUGCUCGGCUCUUGACACUAAAGUGGUUGUCCGAAUGGACAAGUGUCCUAGGGUGUUAAGAGAGAUAAUAAACAUCGACAUUCACAGUGGAAACAUAUCCAAUGCCUGAUCUAGAGAGAGAAAAGGGCAAAAAAAGAGAGAGGUUCAACUAUGGUUCAAACUGCCUCAUAACAACUUGAAUGAUGAGUAGUAGAACCUGGGAACUCUGAAGUGCCUUAUCCAAGGGCAGCAGGGCCAAAGAAAUGUAAAUCAAGAAACCCAGACGUCUUCUUUUUUAACUUGCUUUGCACAGUGUACUGCUGUCGUGAUCACUCCAUUCAUCCUUCUGUAACUCCAUACAGCCAUUUGUUGCUGCUUCAGUUAGAUCUAGCAGUGCUAAAGAACCUACGUGUUCCUUUCUUUUUCUGUAACCCCUCCCCCCCCCGCCUCCUCCUCUUUGUUUUCCUUUUUUGGCCCACCCAUUUGGCCUCCACUCUCUUGCAACGGCCAUCCUGCCCCCCCGCCCCCGUCACCCUCCCUCUCUACCUCCUCUGCCCCCUCCUCCCCUCACCAUCACCACCACCAUCCUCAACUUCAGCCCUACUCAUAUCACCACCUACUCUCCGUCCCUCCCCCUUGCUUCUUGCCCCCUCCCUUCUCCGCCUUCUCGUCGGCGGGAACCAUGGCGAUGGCUGCCACUGCCUCCUGCUCUCCCUCAUCCCCAUCAUCCGCCAAUGGCAGCGCCCGGGAGCACCUCCUGGCGGUGCGCCGGCGCACCCCUCACACCCGGCCGUACACAAUUGGUCCAGAAAACCUCACCAGUAUGACGGUGCAGGGCACAGUCGGUACCUCUGCACCUUCCUCCUCUACUAUGUCAUCAGGGAGCCAACCAGAAACAGCCGGGGUGGGGCUCCAGCGGGCCAAUAGCGACACAGACCUGGUGACAUCAGACAGCCGCUCAUCGCUCACGGCAUCUACAUACCAGCUGACUCUAGGCCAUAGCCACUUGGUCAUCUCCUGGGACAUCAAGGAGGAAGUGGAUGCCACCGACUGGAUUGGCUUGUACCACAUCGAUGAGACAUGUGUGGCCAAUGUAUGGGACUCCAAGAAUCGUGGAGUGAAUGGCACCCAGAGAGGACAGAUCGUGUGGAAACUGGAGCAAGGACCCUACUUCAUGGAGUCAGAGACUAAGAUCUGCUUUAAAUACUAUCAUGGUGUAAGUGGAGCAUUAAGAGCAACAACACCUUGCAUCACUGUCAAGAACCCUGGAGUACCGGUGGGCAGUGAAGGCCAAGUGGAGGACCAAACAGGGACUGAGCACUGCCGAAAACUAGUCAGCUUCACCUUAUCAGACAUUCAGGCAGUGGGUCUGAAGAAGGGCAUGUUCUUCAACCCGGACCCCUACCUGAAGAUGUCCAUUCAGCGUGGAAAGAGGAGCGGCCUCCACAAGUUCACUCACCAUGGCCAGGAGAGACGCUCCUCCAUCAUAGCCAACACCACCAACCCUGUGUGGCACGGGGAGAAAUACACCUUUGUGGCUCUGAUGACUGACGUGUUGGAGAUCGAGGUUAAGGAUAAGUUUGCCAAGAGCCGACCAAUUAUCAAGCGAUUUCUUGGUCAGCUGAUCAUCCCUGUGCAGAGACUUCUGGAGGGGCCAACAACUGAUGAUCAGCCAGUCAGCUACAGCCUGUGUCGUCGUCUCCCUACAGACCAUGUGAGCGGGCAGCUUCUGUUCAGGGUGGAUAUCACCUCCACCGGACAUGAAGAAGCCUCCCCAGACGCUUUGGGAACCAUCUUAGGUGGCACAAUAAAUUGUGACCCCGGAAGUCCCUCAGACGACGAAGACCUUCCUCACCCUUCCUCUUCCUCACGUGUUGCAUACAGAUCUUAUCCCACAGGCCCUGAUGAGGGCUCCCUGUUAGUCAACGGUGCUUGUUAUUAUGGCGAUGACAGCGUGUGGCGGGAGCCUGGGCAUAUGGAAGAGGAGGAUCUGCAUUCUGUGCCUCUGGGCAGCCAAACCCAUCGACAAGUGUCACUCAACGACUACCUGGAUGCCAUCGAGGCUCCCAGGAGCUCAGGGGACCGAGCUCUGGCAGGGCCUUCCCCAAAACUCCGCUCCAGCUUUCCAACAGACACACGCCUUAAUGCCAUGCUGCACAUAGACUCCGAUGAGGAUGAGGAGAUGGCAGAGCAACACAGGGAGCAACAGGAGAUGAGGACACAGCAGAGCCCAGACUUAUCGAGAAGAUCGGCUACAUCUGAAUCUCUACAUGGGAACGAGCGUUCAAAAGGAGAGGAGCCACAGGGGCAGAUUGGAGCUGGGACUGGAAAUGGGACAACAGAGGCAGGUUCCUCUUCCAGUGUUCAGCCUGAAACUGAGCCUGCAGGGGCUCAACCUGGAACUGCAGAAAGUGUAUUCCAAACACAGGCAGAAACAUCAACAGCUGGGACUGCAGAGGUUGCUGGAGCGGCAGCUAAGGCUGCACACAACACUGGGGAAACUUCAAGCUUAUCUCAGUCAUCAGUGGCUGAGUCAGCUGCAGUAGCUGGGUCAAGGAAGCCUCUGGUGGAAUGUACCUGUCAGGAGCAGAGCAGAGCAAACCAGGAAGUACCCUGCAAUCCCUCACUUGGUCUCCUUUCACCCAUUCAGGAGGUGGAGACAAGAAAAGUGGCACCAAAGGCGGAGGAGGAAGGGGAGUCAUCGAGCAGCGAGCCAAACAGACCAGUAGCAGCAGCUGCUCCUACAAGCAGCAUCAUAGCUGACCAAGGAGGAGGGACUUCUGAAGUUGGUGCAGGUACCACAGCUCAGGUUAAUGGUCACCAAUCUGUUCGCUCCCUGCCAUCUGUCCGCCAUGACAUCAGUCGUUACCAGAGAGUAGACGAGCCACUACCGCCUAACUGGGAGGCUCGUAUCGACAGCCACGGUCGGAUCUUUUACGUGGACCACGUGAACAGAACCACAACUUGGCAGCGUCCCACUGCUCCCCCCCCCCCGCAGACUCUCCAGAGGUCCAACUCCAUACAGCAGAUGGAGCAGCUGAACCGUAGAUAUCAGAGUAUACGGAGGACGAUAACCAAUGACUGCAGACCAGAGGAGCAGCCAGCCAAUGAGCUGCUGACUGAUGAGACUGACAUGCACCCUUCCAUCCCAGAGCUCCGUAGAGACAACAGUAUGGCUCAGUCCAGUUCCAGGUCUCGCCUAACCCUGCUGCUUCAGUCCCCCAGCGUGAAGUUCCUCACCAGCCCUGACUUCUUCACUGUGCUGCAUUCCAACCCUAGCGCCUACCGUAUGUUCACCACCAACACGUGUCUGAAGCAUAUGAUCAGUAAGGUUCGUCGGGAUGCUCACCACUUUGAGCGCUACCAGCACAACAGGGAUCUGGUGGCCUUCCUCAACAUGUUCGCCAACAUACAGGUGGAGCUGCCGAGAGGCUGGGAGAUGAAGCAUGACCACACCGGCAAGCCUUUCUUCGUGGAUCAUAAUUGCCGUGCCACAUCUUUCAUUGACCCCCGGCUGCCUCUCCAGAGCACUCGGGCCCCGAGCCUCCUAGCUCACCACCAACACCUAACUCGCCAACGCAGCCACAGUGCCGGGGAGGUCAGCCCACGACGAUUGGUGGGUGAAGACCCUCGUCAAGCCGGCCCACCCGUCUUGCCACGGCCUUCCAGCACCUUCACCUCUGCCAACAGGGGGCAUUGCCAAGACGUUGUGCCAGUGGCUUACAAUGACAAGAUUGUGUCGUUUCUUCGUCAACCAAACAUCUUUGAGAUUUUGCAGGAGAGACAACCUGAUUUCAACUGGAAUCAUUCACUCAGGGAGAAGGUGCAGCUGAUACGCACAGAUGGAGGAUCAGGAUUGGCCAGGCUGUCAGGUGAUGCUGAUCUUGUCAUGCUACUAAGGACAAAAGACCGAGCAAUGAACAGUACUCAGAGAGCUAAUGCCAGAGCCCCAGCACCUUACAAGAGAGAUUUUGAAGCCAAACUGCGCAACUUCUACAGGAAACUGGAAACUAAAGGCUACGGCCAAGGACCAGGGAAGCUAAAGUUGAUCAUCCGUCGUGACCAUCUGCUGGAAGAUGCCUUCAACCAGAUCAUGUGCUAUUCCCGUAAAGACCUGCAGCGCAGCAAGCUCUACGUCAGCUUCAUUGGGGAGGAGGGGUUGGACUACAGCGGGCCUUCCAGAGAGUUUUUCUUCCUUGUUUCCAGGGAGCUAUUCAACCCUUAUUAUGGUUUAUUUGAGUAUUCUGCCAAUGACACCUACACCGUCCAGAUCAGCCCCAUGUCCGCCUUUGUAGACAAUCACCAGGAAUGGUUCCGUUUCAGUGGUCGCAUUCUAGGUUUGGCACUGAUCCAUCAGUACCUGCUGGAUGCCUUCUUCACCAGACCCUUCUAUAAAGGCCUACUGCGCAUUCUCUGUGACCUGAGUGACCUGGAGUACCUGGACGAGGAGUUUCACCAGUCCCUUCAGUGGAUGAAGGACAACGACAUAGAAGACAUGCUGGACCUCACUUUCACCGUCAAUGAAGAAGUCUUCGGACAGAUAACAGAAAGGGAGUUGAAGCCUGGCGGAGCCAACAUCCCUGUGUCAGAGAAGAACAAAAAGGAAUACAUUGAGCAGAUGGUGAAGUGGAGGAUAGAGAGAGGAGUUGUGCAGCAGACUGACAGCCUGGUCAGAGGUUUCUACGAAGUGGUGGAUGCCAGGCUAGUAUCAGUGUUUGAUGCAAGGGAGCUGGAGCUAGUGAUCGCCGGCACAGCUGAGAUUGACUUAUCAGACUGGAGGAACAACACAGAGUACAGAGGAGGUUACCAUGACAGCCAUAUUGUAAUCCGGUGGUUCUGGGCAGCAGUGGAGAGGUUCAACAACGAACAGAGACUACGGCUCCUGCAGUUUGUGACCGGUACAUCCAGUAUUCCUUAUGAGGGCUUUGCUUCUCUGCGAGGCAGCAAUGGACCCCGCAGGUUUUGUAUGGAGAAGUGGGGGAAGGUCACAGCACUGCCCAGAGCUCAUACCUGUUUCAACCGGCUGGACCUGCCACCAUACCCGUCCUUCUCAAUGCUCUAUGAGAAGAUGCUGACCGCAGUAGAGGAGACCAGCACCUUUGGGUUGGAAUGAACCUUGUCCCAAACACCUACCCAAAGCCUACCCAAAUCUCAAGGAUUGCUUCUGGUAGUGAAGAGGUAGCCAUGAUGGACAAAGGUUCAAAAGCUGGAUUUAAUGUAUGGCUUGAGUAAAUUUAUAAUAUAGCAGAGGCUGAUAAGACCUUUGAACCAUUAAGCUGCACUCUCACCUUUUGAAAUGUACAGAGGUAAACACUUAUUUUUGGUUGCAUGUGCACAUAUUUCGCACUUACUUAGUAACACACACCUGAAUGAUGUGAUGAAUGAAGACCCACACUGCCUUUGAGACCAGAAUCCUAACUGCCAGGAUUUGACGAGUCAGAGCCCAGGUUUUUUUUCUCUUUGAUACCAGGAGUUUAAAGUUUAAGAAGAUGCAACCACUGCCAAAAGCUGAGUGGACUCAGCCUCUUUUAUUCUAGUGUCGAUGGACCUCAAAAGGUUAUACACCUGUCCAGAACUGUGAGCUUCAGUGUCUUCUUGUAGUUAUUUCUUAAAGUCUUUAAACGCCCAUCUGAUAUAACUUUUGGUAAAGUUUGUGGAAUUUUCCUGUGAACUUCUACAGCUAAUUUUGAAGUCCAGACAGAUGUAUUGUUACAGAUUUCAUCUGCAAGAAAAAGUGAUUUUCUAAUGAUGUUAUUUUAAUCUAAAUAUGUGAUGUAGAUUGUGUGGGAAGUGUUUUUGAACCCGAUCUGGAUCAAUUGGAAAAACAUAUUUGGCCACCACUUACAAAUUACAUAUGUAUGUCUAUUUAUUUUGAUUUUAUUUGAUUGAUUUGCUUUGAUUUGAUUGCGUCUUAUUUAUUUAUUCGAAAGUAGUCUAAACUCAGAUUGAAAGUAAAUUCUAUAUCCAGUCAUGCAAAGUAAAUUAAAUCUCCACUGAAACUGAAACACCGCUACUGGUGUCAAAAACACACUUAGGUCAUCUGAUUUUAAGAUGCCAUUUUAAGUCCACUUUAUUAUGUGUCUUCCCCAACCCCCAUACCCAACAGAUGGUUGACAGCACCGCCCUUUUCUUUACCUGAGUGUCCAAAGCUGUGUCACAUAUGCAUGUGACACAGCUCGGCUGCGGUUACUGUAAAACACGCAUAAGGCUUUUGAAACCAUUCUUAGUCUGGCCCCUUGUCUGAGACUUGUUUGCCAUGGGAGACCCUACCAGGAGCUCCAGUCAACACAGCUCUCAGGUUCAUAGGGACACACAAACAUCUCCACCACAAUAAGGUGAUGAUUCCAGAAUCAUCACCUUAUUGUGAGGAACAAGCAAAUUCUGUUGAAUUCAAAAUUUCAUCAAAUAAUUAUAAUAAUUAUUAUAAUUAUAAAUAAUUACAUAAUUUCCCUCCCUUAAUGAACUGCUCUCUGUCUGUUUUACUAUAAUGUACCAAAGUUUUGAACCUUAACCAGCUGCUCACUAUCCAUAUCUAACCCCAACCCAACAAACCUACUCUUGAAUAUAAAUGUUUGUCAAGCACUUCUUCUAAAAAUAAAAUGUCCUCACUCUA